AUGCUGCUUUCAUUCAACAAGGAUGUCGAACACUCGAAAUGGCACGAUCAUGAACACCCAAAAGGACCUAAUUACAAGUUGUUGAAUUUACGAAAGUGGAAUCGGAAACAUGUAAUCUUUGUGUUGGUUGUUGUAACCAUAUUAGUUGUCUUUUUUUUCUAUUAUUACAAUGUCGAAAGAGUUGUUGUGCCAAGGGCCUCCAUAGUAUUGAACAGUGAUACCCUUCAGCAGCAACAACAACAAGGUGAUGAGAAACGAGUGCCAAUUUCAUCUCAAAAUGAAUUUAUUAAUUUUUCUCGAUUGAAACAAGUUUCGGAUCAUGACCUUGAAGGAAGAAAUAUUCUGUUGGCCUUGAUGACUGUUGAAAACUUACAUGAAUUAUUGAUGAAAAAGGACAAUUUUGAAAGCGAAAUGCCCACCUAUUGGAUCAUGGCAAAGCAGUGGAUUUGCAGAGUGAAGAAACUAGGAAUUACUAAUUUUGUCUUGUUUGUAUAUAUCGAUCCUAGCCAAUGGAAGACAUUGAAACAGAGACAAGACAUUGAAAAAUUAAUUUAUUCCAAACUUUUAGAUGUACCCAUGGAGGAUAUUUCCGAUGAUCAUAAGAGCAUUAUCACAUUCACAACCGAUGACAUUUCUAAAUUAAUUCUCUCAUUUUCAAAAAACACAAAAUUCCAUGAAAAAUAUCAUCUACUUUACAAGAAUUACUUGGAUCAAUUACACAAACACGACAAUGUCAUUCCUCAAGAAUUUUUUACAACACAUUGGGAAUUUAUUACUUUAUUGAAACCAGUCAUUGUUUGGAGAUGCAACACUCUUGGUUUUGAUAUAUUUUUCUCUGAUUUAGAUGUUGUAAUUUUCAAAAGCCCAAUUCAAUAUUUGCAACAAUCGAAUGAAAGGAAGAAUUUUGACGUCAUAUUUCAAAUGGAGAGUUGUGGAGAUAAUGAGGAUGUCGUUCAGGCCAUGGGGCAUGAAAAUGUCAAAAUUAAUACGGGAGUGUAUUAUGUGGCUUCCACUCACAAAGCACAACGCUUUUUAGAAUUUUGGAUUGAACCAAUUGUAUUUGACAUUCUCUACUUUUUUGUUCCAACAGAUGAAACUAUCACAAAGAAACAUCAACUCACACGAACUGAAACAACAAAUGACCAAGCAAUUUUAAAUUCACUCAUCACGAAUGAGAGAAAAUCUCAAAAAACGAGCAUCACCUCACUCAUUGGAUUUUUCCCUGUGCGACUCUUUCCCAAUCGGUGCCAGUUCAGUUUCCUUGUCAAUGAGCAUCGUCCAGAAGGGAGCAAACAAUUCAAGGACACACUCAUUCUCUAUCACAUCAAUGGCGUUUGGAUGACACGUCAAAAGAUUGCAUUUUUGAAACAACAAGAAGGAUUUUUAUCGCUCGAUCAUUCAACAUUAAAAUGUUUAUAA